AUGCCUCAAAGAAAAGACAGGGACCCCAAUGCAUUUCCGACCCGACAGCUGCUCGUUCUUGCAAUAUGUCGAUUCUCAGAGCCCAUCGCCUUCAACUCCAUUCUGGCGUACACGUUCGACAUGGUAAGGGACUUGGGCGUUGAAGACAAGGAAGCACCUUUUUACGCUGGUCUUUUGGUUUCUGCCUAUGCCGUCGCGGAAGCUCUCACCUCCAUGGGCUGGGGCGCGUUGUCCGACCGUGUCGGGCGGAAGCCCGUGGUGCUUUUCGGGCUUGUGGGUGUGGCCACCUCCAGUUUAAUUUUCGGUCUCGCAAAAUCCUACUGGGUCGCACUCUUGGCACGAUUCAUCGGAGGAUCAUUGAACGGUGAGCAACGUGAGCGUUAUGCAAACUGUUUGGCUCCCCCUCCCAUUGAAUCCUGGCAUUCCCUAACUGUUAGGCAGAUGGUGGCUGAGAUGGUGAAAAAUCCCGAUCACGAACCCAGGGCGUAUGCCGUGCAGCCGUUCGUCUGGACUCUUGGCGGCAUCAUUGGCUCUGCCAUGGGUGGUUUCCUCGCCCAACCAGCCAAGUUUUACAAAAUCUUUCCUGAGGAUGGACUGUUUGGACAGUAUCCCUAUUUGCUGCCGAAUCUCGUCUCCGUCAUUGUCAUUAUAGCCGCCGUCAUCCAGGGAAUCUUCUUCUUGGAGGAGACUUUGCCGUCGAAGCAUGACUCGGAGGAGGACUACACCGAAGCCGUGGCCGAUGACGACUUUAUCGACGAGAGAACCCCGCUCCGAAGAGCUCCGCGACGAAGCCUCAACCACCGCCGGUCGAUUUCCACCAGCCACUCGAGGCCGCGUUUUGUGGAGUCCAGUCUGCCUCUCCCGAUUGAGCAUGACUUUGAUCUCAGACGCUCAUCUUUUGGAACGGUGCACUCGAUCAAGGUUGUUUCCGACGAGCUGAGGAGCGAUUUGCUGCGCCAGAAUGGCCACCAGAACGGCCGCUCUCAGCAACCGCCCAACAACAAGCCCAAAGCCAAGACUUUCAACUUCACCGUCAUCAUGCUCACCAUUACACUGGUCAUUUUCUCGUAUCACCAAAUGGCGGCUGGCUCGCUUCUCCCCACAUAUAUCCUCGAUGAGCCCGCGGCGCCUCAUGGACAACUUGAUCUGAGGGGCGGCCUUGGUUAUGACGUUCAUGAUGUUGGAACAUACUUGGCAGUGAACGGUUUUCUGGGACUCCUCAUUCAGGGUGUCAUUUUCCCGAUUUUUGUCGAGAGGGUCGGCGUUUGGGGCUCUUUCAUCUGGAUGGUCGCGCUCUACCCGACGGCGUACAUCCUGAUGCCGUUCUUGUCGGCCUUCCCCGACGUCCUCACACAGGCCGGCAUCUACUUUUCUCUGGUGAUGCAGAGUUUCUACGGUAUCAUUGUCGGCCCGGUCACGCUGAUCCUGCUCAAGGAUGCGACGCCCUCGCCUCAGGCGCUCGGCAAGGUCAACGGCUUGGCCAUGUCCGGCGCUUGUCUUGCCCGAACAGUUUCUCCGCCUCUUGUCGGUGUUAUUUACAGUUUCGCAGGCUCUGCAGCGGCCUGGUGGAGCUGCUCUGGUAUUGCUUUGAUUGGAGUCUUGCAGGUUCUCUGGGUUCCGAGGAAGCAUAUUCAUAUCGACCAUGUGGAGGUCGACAACGGGCUGGCCCGGCAGCUCACGAACAACUCGCAGAGAGGAGAUGAAAACCGCGGCCGGGUUUGA